UGUGAAGAUGCUGCAUAAAUAUAGUUGCCUCAAAGGGAUCACAACUGCUGCAGAGGUAGAGUUAUAGAGACACCCCCACUCCCCACCCCCCAACCCAAUAGAUCUACUGUUCCAUUCAUUCUUGUACCUUCCAAUCUAACCCUUCCUCAUCAAGAUUUUUCCUUUUUCCAAAGGAUCCUGGGAGAAUUCUUGGAGUAGAUUCACAUUGUGUCUCCACCAAAUCUCUGCCCCUGCAAUUUGUCUUACUUCUCACUAACUUCUGAUGACAAAUACUUGUGUAGGUUAAAAUACUAAGUUUGUCUUUACUGUCAUCAUCUUGUUCCUGUGUAAGCUGUUUUUUUCUGCGGAUCUCAAUCGGCAGCGGCAGUAUCAGGCCUCAGAGUGGUAGCAGUUUGCAGUCUAUAUGCUGUGAUAAAGCAGCCCCCCUCAAGAGUUUAGGUUGUGAAUAAAAGCAAGUCAAGGGAUAUUGGCCGCAGUUUUUCAGAAAUUAAGAGAGGAAAAAGCUGAAACAGGUAAAGCUUUUAGAAGGGAAAAUUUAAGGAGAGGGGUUUGAUCGGGUGGAAUAAUCACUUACCAGAAAGAAAGAGUCACCAAAAGUACGUACUAUUCUGCUUUUACCAAUUACUACAGUUUCAACAGUCAGAAAAUUUCAAGACUAUCCAUCCCAUGAGCCAACACCAAGAGUUGGAAGUAUGAAAAGUACAAUUAGAGAAGGAGGAGAAAUAACCCAAGUCCAAGGUGGCCAAAUUCUACGGUCCAUCGGCCGGAAGGACAGGCACAGCAAGGUCUACACGUCGAAAGGGCCUAGGGACCGGAGAGUGAGGCUUUCGGCCCACACGGCAAUCCAGUUCUACGACGUCCAGGAUCGGUUAGGAUAUGACCGCCCUAGCAAAGCCGUGGACUGGCUCAUCAACAAGGCCAAAACCGCCAUUGACAAGCUCAAUCAGCUGCCCCCUUCACAGGCCAAUCACAGCAACCACUUGGCUCCAACCUCAGGUAGUAAUGAUCAUCAGCUACCACUGGACCAGCAGUCGGAAACUCCUCCAGGUUAUCAACUACUCGCUAAUAAUCCUAAUUCUUCGUUUAUGGGGCCACCUGGAGAACCCGACGCCCAUCUUGAAAACACUAUGAAAUCCUUCUUCCCCACGAGCUCGUUGGGUAGUUUUCCAGGUUUCUCAAGUGAUUCUGUCUCCAGGGCGCCGUUCCAGGCCCAAGAUCUCGGCCUGUCUCUUCACACUUUGCAUUCUGACAACCAUGACCAUGGAAAUGCGGGGAACCCAGUGCUCCCACUUCACGAAACUUUCCAAAGAAUCGGUGGUUGGAAUAGCGGCGGAGAUAUGGAUGGUAGGGUUGGAUUUCUGAUGAAUUCGCAGGAGAUCUCGCAACAGGCUCUAUUUCCUCAAGGAUUGCCGUUUUCUCACAGGGAGCUCCUCCUUUCGAACAUAGCAGCUCAUCAGGCCUGGAAUCAGAGGCCAUUUCUAGGUUCCUCAGAUGAGCAGAAUCCUGAUCCUUCUGGCCCUCCUCAAUCUUCUGAUUUCGGGAGCCCGUCCGGGUUGGGAUUUCGUGUUCCAGCUCGAAUUUAUGGUGAGGAAGAGCCGGGAACUCGUGGCUGAAUCAAAAUCCAGGAUGUUUUAAUCAUCUCCAUUCAAUAAUUAGUGCAUCUGCUCCACCAGUCUUGAAAGAUGAACGUUUCUCGAAUCCAACCAAUCUAACGGCGAGAGGGAAGAACAUCAUGAUUCUUGGAAAGAAUUUUAGGAUAUGAUGAUUUUUUUGUUUUGAUUUCUGCAGGACUGAAUUUGCAAUUUCAGCCAAUACUUGUCUUCUGAUACUUCUUGUUUUCCUCCACUACACGUACGAUGUUGCCGGGACAUUUAUUUGCAUUAUUUUCCAGUUAAAUUCUUGCUUCUCGUGA